GGUCAGCGCCCCUCUCUAUUUUAAGUGUCCCAGCCUGCUCCUCAGCAGAGCCCCAGUCAGGGAGUGUGUGUGUGCCCGCACGCGCAUGUGUGUGUGUGUCCACCCAGGUACUGGGGUGGACAUUGUUGCUGCGUGAAAAAACCAAGGAGCCUUCAACUGAGGGGGCCUGCAUCAAGCAUGGCUAAAGACUAUUAAAAGGGGGCCCCCCAAACAAAGACAGACGGACGGACAGACGGAUAGACGUGAAGGGGGUUGUGAGAUAAGCCUGAAGAAUGGUCGCGGAGGAGGUUGUGAUCACUCUAUCUGGAGGAGCGCCGUGGGGCUUUCGGCUGCAGGGGGGAGCCGAGCACAAAAAACCACUCCAGGUGGCCAAGGUGCGUAAGCGCAGCAAAGCAUGCCGGGCAGGACUACGAGAGGCGGAUGAGUUGGUGUCCAUCAAUGAGAGCUCAUGCGGGGAGCUGUCCCACGCCCAGGCGAUGAAUCUGAUCGACAGCACCCCAGGAACGCUGCACAUACGCGUCAGAAGAGCUCCAGCGGGAUUCCAGUCCGUGGUGCUGCUGACCCGGGCUCCGUCCCCGCGCAUCGACAAGGAGUACCGGGCUGCCCUGCGGGCCAUGACUCCCCCCGCCUCCAAACCCCCUCAGGCGACGGUGCGAGAGGUCCACCAGGCGGCGCUGGUGUCUCCCGGGGGGCGGAGCCGGGUGACGUCCCCGCCGGGGAGCGAGGCGUACUACGGCGAGACGGACAGCGACGCCGACAUCGUGCACGAGAAGCAGCGGCGGCAGAAGCGGCGCAGCCCGAGCAGCUCUCCCGGCAAGACCUCCGGGCGGGCGUCGCCCGAGGAGACGUCGGAGAUGAGCGGCUACGACAGCGCCCCCGACGCCCUGGCGCAGGGCCCCGGGGGCCCGCCGGAGGCCGUGCCCGGCGUGGCGCGCCGCGAGGUGGUGUACCAGCCCACGCGGGGGGAGUGGUCCUCCCACACCGAGACCUCCACGGAGAACUCCUCCGUCAGCACGGACGACCAGAACCCUCGCGACGGAGCCACCGAGGAGGACAGCGGCUUCCAGGAGCCGCAGAGCCUGCCCCCGCUGGUGUCCCCCGAACGGGCCAAGGAGGCCCUGCUCCUGGCGUCCCGGAAGCAGCUGGUCCCCAUGGUGGGGCCCGUGGACAACCCCGUGGAUGAGGAGCUGACCGUCACAUACAUGGACAAAGCCAAGCAAGCCAAGCUUAACCGGGGUGACAGUGUGCAGGACAAGCAGGUGAAGGAGGCCCGCACUAAGUGCCGCACCAUCGCCUCCCUGCUGACGGAUGCGCCCAACCCCCACUCCAAGGGCGUGCUGAUGUUCAAGAAGCGGCGGCAGCGCUCCAAGAAGUACACCCUGACGAGCUUCGGCAGCGUGGACGAGGACAUACAGCAGGACUCGCACGAGGAGGACGGCGUCUUCCCCGGCAGCGAGUCCGAGUUCGACGAGGACGGCUUCGCCGCCUCCACUGACCCCACCUGGGACAGUGACUACCUGGACAUCCUGGAGAAGAAGACCCCCGCGGGGACGGCCGGUGACGAGGCGGGCGGCACGGAGAGCCCUGGCCUGACCGCCACCUCAGGGAAAGGCGCUAAGCUGUUCGAGCAGCAGAGGAGGAGAGCGGCCGAGCACGCCAAGAGGGCGGCUGCCAGACAGGCGCAGGCCCCGCCCCCGCCGCAGCCGACGGAGACGCCAGCGCCCCCGGCAGAGGCGGAGCCACCGCCGGCGUACAUCCCCACCCCGGCUCCGCCCCCUGGCUUUGCGGUGAUGAACGGGGAUUCCGUCGCCGCGCACGGGGAGAGUGUGGUGGCGCCGCCCCCGGCCGUGGCGCCCAAGCCUGCCAGCCCACCGGCUCUCCCGGUGACCCCGCUGCCACAGCUACCCCUCGCCCAGCUGCCGGAUUCGCCCACCGCCCAGCUGCCAGACCUGCCCUCCAGCUCCGUCCUCAACAGAACCGCCCGGCCCUUCGCCCCUGGCUUCAUCACUCACCGGGCUGCCACCGCUCCUGUUGUAUUCCGGCCCAGCGUAGCUAAGAAGACACGCCCUGCUACGACGCCAGCGGCUGCCCCACCCCCUUUCUCAUCCCUGCCCUCUGAGGCCAAGCCAGCCGUCCUCCCUACCUCCCCCCACCUCACAGCCAGACCAACGCCCGUCAGUGCGCUCCCAGCGGCCUCCUCACCUCCUUCCUCAGUGCCUGUGGAUCCGUUUUCUCCUUCUCCCACACCAGCUGCACCCGUCCUUCCCAGCAUGCCUUCUCCUGCCGUAAUCACACCCUCAGCUCCAUCGUUGCCCCUCAGUCCACAGGUUUCCGCAGCCCCAGCUCCAGCCGUGGCUGCCCCCGUCACCCCUACUCCCAUGCCCAGGGCCCAUCGUGAGCAGAGGGCCCUUGGACUCCCAGGCCGCACCGGCAUCCUGGAGGACGCCCGCAGGCGAAGCACCACGAAGCCCAUGUUCCAGCUCCCCAAGGAUAAGAAGAACUCUCCCAACCCCGAGCUGCUGUCCAUGGUGCAGUGCCUGGACGUGAGGUCAAAGGCCGGGCCGGAGGUGGGGUUCGAGUCCAGCCCGGACGAGGACUUCUUCAACCUGGGGGCCGAGGCCUGCAACUUCAUGCAGGGCCCAAAGGGCAAGAUGCCGCCCCCCGUGGCCCCGAAGCCACGCGUGAUCCCCGAGAUGCCCCACAUCCCGCAGAUGGAGGGCAAGGGCGCCAAGCUGUUCGCCCGUAGGCAGAGCCGCAUGGACCAGUACGUGGUGGACAACGCCCCCCAGCAGCCAGCGCAGCCGGCACCCGCUGCCCAGCCCCGCGCCCCCUCUCCUGCGCCUUCUCUCCCAGCUCACUGGAAAUACUCGCCCAACAUCCGCGCCCCUCCACCCAUCGGCUACAACCCUCUGCUGUCCCCCUCCUGCCCACCGGGGGCGCAGCGUGGCGUCAAAGCAGCCGACGCUUCAAAGGCUGGAAAGAAGGGCGGCCCCCAUAAAGAGGGCAUCAAAGCGGUUGACGUCAUGAGGAGGCAGCCUUACCAAUUGAACUCGGCUAUGUUCAGCUUUGGGGGAAGCCCCGCCCAUUCCGGGUCCUCCUACCAGUCCACGAUGCAUCGCCACGGCGGCCAGAUGGUGGGCAGCUCCCUGACCUCGCCCAGGCAGAUCCCGGUCAAAGCCGCCCGCGUCUACGAGAUCAAACGCUUCUCCACGCCCACACCCAUGUCGGCGCCCACCACCCUGACGCCCACCGUGAUCGCGCCGCGCUCCGCCACCACGCUGGGGGAGCCCCUGUGCGACUCCGUCUCGCCUCCCCCUGCCCAGUCCCCGCCCACUUCCCCUCCCUCCGCCUCGCAGGGAGCUCUGCCACAGCUGCCCAAAAUUUCCACCGCCCCGAUCCCCAGUUCCCUCCCGCCCCCGGCUCCUGCCCGAGUCCCGGGCCUGGGAUACGGCAGCCUCCAGGCAGCAAAGCAGUUUAAGAGCGCUCCCGAGCUCAGCCCGCUUCCCGUCCGGGCGGCCGGCCUGCAGGCGCCCAAGCCCCGAUUCGUCGCCUCCAGGAUGGGGAUCCAGGCCAACGUGUGGAGGCCUGGUUCCAUGCACCACUGAUGGGGAUCCUGCACUGUAGGAGACCUCUCACCACCUCGGCGCUCCCACACGGGACAGCUUCCCGUUCCCCCUCCUGUCUGUAUGAUAUAGAUUGAUAAGAAUUUACACAAUGCCAAAUUACUCACUUAAUCCAAAUAUUUAUUCUAUCAUUAAUUGCAAUUGGAGCACAAAAGAAUACGGAGCAACAAAAAUUUCUAAAUGGCCUGACAUACAGAAGUAAGCAUGUAUAUGACAGAACAAUGUUGAAUAUUGAUUUGAAUCCCCCCAAAUAAAAAUAUCAAGUAUGAUCGACUUGUUUUCCAGUGCAGAGAUAUUUUGUUUUGCUUCACUGAAGUAUAUGAAGUUUACCAUUCAACAGGAACAGAACAGCUUUUAUCAGUGAGCUGUUCAGAACUGUAGCCAUGUAUGAAAUAUAAUAAUGUGGAAUGAGGCCUC